AUGCAUCUUGCGAUUCUGGAGCUGCAUUGGGGAUCUCAUCAUGUGCUAUCUAUUGCUGAAUUUGACUGGCUCCCAUACAAGAUCCCAUCCCUUGACCACACAUCCUUUAGUGGCGUUGACAAGAACAACAAUCCCAUCCCUACCAAACAUUUUAUCAUGUCCCCUAACAUGCCUGAAAUUCCCGAUAUCAGGCGGAAUUCUCAUGAUGUCACGAUACGUGAAGAUGGACGUUAUGGAUACGCCAACUUUACUCUAUGCCCCUAG